CGGAUUUAUGUGCCGGGAGUGGGGCCGAGCCGGGCGGCAGCGGCGGCUGGUGGGGCCGGCGCGGGCACCAUGGGUGUGAUAGGUGUACAGUUGGUGGUUACCAUGGUAAUGGCUAGUGUCAUACAGAAGAUCAUACCUCACUAUUCUCUUGCUCGUUGGCUUCUCUGUAGUGGCAGCUUACGGUGGUAUCAACAUCCCACUGAAGAAGAGCUGCGGAUUCUUGCAGGGAAGCAAAGAGGAAAGAGUAAAAAAGAUAGAAAAUAUAAUGGUCAUAUUGAAAACAAACCCUUAACCAUUCCAAAAGAUAUUGAUCUUCAUCUGGAAACAAAAUCUGUAACAGAAAGGGACACUAUUGCAUUGCAUUACUUUCCAGAAUAUCAGUGGUUGGUGGAUUUCACUGUUGCAGCUACAGUUGUGUAUGUGGUGACAGAAGCCUAUUACAGCAUUAUGAAGCCCUCACAAGAAAUGAAUAUCAGCAUAGUGUGGUGUCUGCUUGUCUUGGCUUUUGCAGUUAAGAUACUAUUUUCAUUGACUACCCAUUAUUUCAAAGUUGAGGAUGGAGGUGAAAGAUCAGUCUGUGUAACCUUUGGUUUUUUCUUCUUUGUGAAAGCAAUGGCAAUACUCAUUGUGACAGAAAACUAUUUAGAGUUUGGCUUGGAAUCAGGAUUCUCAAAUUUCUCAGAAAGUGCUAUGCAGUUUCUUGAAAGACAAGGUUUGGAGUCACAGGGUCCUGUGUCUAAACUAACCUUCAAAUUGUUCCUGGCUAUUCUGUGUUCACUUAUUGGUGCUUUUUUGACAUUCCCUGGCUUGCGACUGGCUCAAAUGCAUCUGGAUGCUCUGAAUUUAGCAACAGAAAGAAUAACACAAACAUUGCUACAUAUAAACUUCUUGGCACCUUUAUUUAUGGUUCUACUGUGGGUAAAACCAAUCACUAAGGACUACAUUAUGAGCCCACCUUUGGGCAAAGAGAGCAUUCCUUUAAUGUCAGAAGAUACAUUUGAUACCAUCAGAUUGUGGAUUAUAAUCCUCUUGUGUGUUUUACGAUUGGCUAUGAUGCGUCAUCAUUUACAGGCCUAUCUGAAUUUAGCCCAGAAAAGUGUGGAUCAGAUGAAAAAGGAAGCUGGUAGAAUAAGUAUGGUUGAUUUACAGAAGAUGGUGGCUCGGGUAUUCUAUUAUCUCUGUGUAAUUGCACUGCAGUAUGUUGCACCAAUGGUAAUGCUCCUUCACACAACUCUGCUCUUGAAAACACUAGGUAAUUAUUCUUGGGGCAUAUACCCCAAUUCUGAAACUCCAGCAGAAAACAGUCUUCUUUCCAAUUCUGUUUAUUCUGAGUCUCCACCUGCUGAUGGGAAGAUGAAAGUAACUGUAGUACAAAUAACAAUGGCUCUGGGAAGCCUAAAGAAUAUUUUCACUCCUCUCCUGUUCCGAGGACUCCUAUCUUUCCUCACCUGGUGGAUUGCUGCUUGCCUUUUUUCUACAAGCCUUUUUGGCCUCUUCUAUCACCAGUACCUGACUGUGGCGUGAACAAGUCAACUGACAGAACAAGUGUGAGGUCAAAUUCUAGAUAUAAACCCAGGUACCCAAGAAGAGAUGAAGAGAAAAGAAAACUAUAUAUGUCAAGAGAAAACAUAUCGUAAUUAUUUUUAAACAAUUCCUUGGUGUUCUCAGGGUGAAUAAUCUUAAAAUGUUGAAAAUUGCAACUGGGUUUGUUAUUUUUGUUACCCAAAUGGUAGGUGACUAAUUCAGUUAUAGUCAUGGGAUUGACUGACAUUACUGUGUUGUAGAUGGUGGUAAGUGUGCUAAAAAGAUGUGACCUCUGAAUGUCAUGGUUUCCAUAAACAGCAAGCCAAACUCAAAAAUUUGGUUUUUAAGCAUCAACAGCCACUGACUGAAUUCAAAGGGUACUGGACAUAGUGAUGGUGGCUGCCUAUCAAUUAAGUCUUGAAACUGAGCCAUACAGUGAAAGGAGAGAGAGGGGAUUUAAAAAAAAAAAAAAAAUCUGUUGGAUAGGUAUUGAUCACUUUUCUCCUUGGAAAAUGAAAUAAUCCAACAGGACAAAAGAGAUGCUGUAUAUUACAGUAAGAAAAGUUGUAUAAAAUAAAAAUUUAACAGGAGUAGAUGUAUGUACCUGACAGGUAUUGCUGCCUACAUAUUUUGCAGAAGUGCUUGUGCAGUAAGAAGAGAGUUAUAACAGAUAUAUUAUUUCAGUCCCUGCAGUCAUUUUGAAGUAAUGGCCAUCUGUAUUGGUGCUAGUAUUGAUCCACAGAUUGCAUCUGGAUCUUUUAAAUUUCUUCUUUUGAGGUAGUAGACAAAUUCCAUUGAAUUUACAAAAGAGUAGAAAAUAAUUAGUGACACCAGUCAAACAUUUCUAAACAGAAUGGUUUAAUCCUGCUGACAGUGUAUGUAUAUGUGUAAUGUACAUAUAAAUAUAUAUUAUAUAUUAAAUAUAUAAUAUAUAUGACGGUAUGAAAUAUGGAAUCUUUCUUCUAAAUUCCUGAAUAUAUCUUACAGGGCUGUGGGAGAGGGGUGUAUCUAGUAAUUUCAAGAUUCCCUUUUGAAAUGAAACUUUUAAUUUUUUUUUUUUUCAGUUGAAAGGGCUAUUUGUUUUUUGUGCCUCUUUAGAGGUACUUAGCUAUAUUAAAGAAUUUUAACUGUCUUGAAAGAAAAGAUCUACUUAAACUGUUAACUUUAAAAUUUCUCCUCUGUCAAAUCAUCAUCUUUUGCCACUUUAAUCUGUGCUAACUUGAUCGUAUAAUGAUAAUUAAUAUAUCUUGGCUUCAGAAAUAGAUUUUCUGUGUAAUAAAACAGCUAUGUAAUAAGAAAAAGAGCAAAGUAUUAACUUUACAGUUUUGCUUAAAUGGAGAGAUAGAUUUCAAUCAUAAAAUUAUUGACCGUUUUUCAGAUGUUUUGUGUAUUUGCAAAACAGCAAUGGGGAUUUAUAUGCAGUAGCUUUUUUAAACAGGUAAUAUUACACUUUGCAGAGGUCAGUGGGUUUUUUAACUAAUACUAGCUGUUUUUAUGUUACUGUUCUUUUUGUCUUGAAUUUGUCUACAGCUUUGGCAUAUAAUAAGCAUUUAUAAAUGGAAAAGCUUAACUAAAUGUUUAAUAUGUAGCAAACCUACCAUAUGGGAAAACAAACUCAAUGAAUGCAGAAAAUCAUGAUUUUAAGCUGGUGAUAAACUAUUUUACUGUGUUGAGAGCCUUUUAAGUUAUUUAUUAGUUUAUUAAGUCGCAUUUAUUGGGGAAAGAUUUGUGUACACAAGCGUAGUACCUACUGCAUGCAUUUGGGGUGUCUGAGAACGCCUUGCAUGAUGCUGCUGGUUUCAUUGCAGUAUUUCAAUGUGACUGGGGCUGCGAGCUUUGUUGUUUUCAUAAAUUUUUGUAACUAACAGGGAUGAAGCUUUACUGUGAAUUGGCCUAAAGAAUAAUGUUUGACCUCAUAAUUUCAAAUCUCAAAGCAUUCCUAUGAAGUAUUUUUCAGAUGAAUAAUUGAAUGACAAAAUAUGACAGGUCCAACAAUACUGGACCCAUUUUUGUAUUAGUUCAAGACAUAUCAUUACUACAAGAUGCAUCAUUACUAAUAGAAUUAAUAAGGCCAGCUUUUAGGUUAGAGUUAGGUGUUUAAUACCAAUCUCUUGAUCAGAACAAUAAAACAAUGCAAAACAGUUUGAUUUUGAUAGUGAAUUUGCCUGAUGAAGCUCACUAUAUAGGAGAUGUAACCUGUUUACUCUGAAGGAGUAAAUUUUGGAUACUUGAGAAUACUUCACAAUAAUGUUAAACAACAGUUUCUGCUGAUAUGUUCAUUUUGAAAGCUCCUAAGUAAAAGUGAACUGUAGUUAUAAUGUAUUCAGCAGAGUUAAUAACUGGAUUAUGUAGCUGAACUUCACAAAGUUUUUCCUAAGAGCUCAUGCCACCCUACUAUUCAGACAUCACACUGAUUUUGGGGAAAAAUAGGCACCUGGUGUUACAAACAUGAAGAUCAGUGCUUGUAGCCACUGUGCUACAAGUCCGUUGUUCUACAGACCAUUGUUCUGCAGAAUUGAAUGGUUGUCCUUCUGGUCAGCAGUGAGUCGGAGAUGGUGUUUCUUUGGAUCCAUUUAAUCCUGACAUGAGUCCAGAAGGCUUAUGAAAAACUAAAAUAUGACAAUAAAAACAUUUGAAACAUGCGGUGACAGUGAAACCAGAGGGACCAUAUUGCAAAGGUUGUGAGCAGUGCCUCCUACUAGUACAUGAUACAAUCAAAAAUGUGUUUUAAAGUAUAAGUAGCAACCCUGAUAGUCCUGACUUCCAUGUAUAUUGUGUAAGGUUCAAAGAAUAUCUGCUCACUUCUGUAGUAAGUUUCUUUGAAACAACAGCUGGCAAAUGGCUUUUUCUUUUUUUUUGUUUCAUGGGGACCUUUAUCAGCACCUAGUGAUGGAGGGGAAAGAAUCUUGCAGAAAUAGAAAAGCAAGCAAAAUGUGAUUGAAAGGUUGGUAGGUGUUACUCAGGUUUCUUAAACAUUUUGUCUUGUUUUUUGCCCACUACUUAAUCAAAAAAUUUUAGAAUGGUUUGGGUUGGGAUGGGUCUGGAAUGGACUACUUUCCACCAGACCAGGUUGCUUGCUCCAAGCCUAGUCAAACAUGGCCUUGAACACCUCCAGAGAUGGGCAGCCACAGCUUUUCUGGGUAACCUUCUAUGGUGCCUCACCACCUUCACAAGCAAGAGUCUCCACCUAAUACCUAAUCUAAAUCUCCGCUCUUCUAGUUUAGAACUGGUCCCCCUUAUCCUAUCGCUCCCUGCCUGUGCAAAAAGUCAUUCUUCCUCUUUUUUAUAAGCCCCCUUUAAGUAUUGGGAGGCCACAGAGAGAUCUCCCUUAGUUUCUGAGAUUUUAGAAGGAAAUGUUCCUUUGGCAAAGAAUUCAUGCCCGUUUCUUUAUUCUUAAAUUCAGAUCUCCCGUCCUCUCUUAGUGAUGUGACUUCCAUUGGAGAUAUACAGCACUUACUCUAUGUUCCCUACUCAGAACCAAGUAGGCUAAAUUAGUUCAAGAUUGUAUUUUGACUUCUGUUCAGUUUAAAUGUAUCUAUUUUUGAAGGAUUAUUUCCUUUAAAUAGUUCAAAUCAAUUCAAAUUCCAUCUGAAACAUGAAUAAACUCAUUAACAUUUGUUUAAACUCUGCACUUUUAUUAUGUAGGUCCUUUUAGACAAAGGUUUAAGAUAGCAUCUUCCAGCAAGUUCAGGGUGGUCCAUACAUAACACUUGGGCUAUUUCUGAGCUAAGAGAAGUUGAUUAAGAACAGGAGAAUAGAUUAUAGAAAGCCUAUUCUUACACUUUGUAGCUGACAUUCUCAGGCUGCACUUGUCCUCUUUUGAUUCCUUCUCAAGCUAUAGGUUAUGCCAGUUUGAGGUUUUGUUACCUGCAUAGUCUUUUGUUAGCUGUGUAGUCUUUUCCAGAAUUCGCUUGCAUAAAGGAUCCAUGGAUUAAAUAGUAGCAUCAGUACCAGAGUAAGUAUCUUCUGUACAUCCUUGUACAGAAGAUGCUUACUAAUUUCUGUUGCCAUUGUUCUUCUCAUUUGGAUUACAAGUGCUGCAAGGUGUUUAAACAGAGAUAUGUUCUCCCCUGGAUCAUAAAGUCAAAUUUGUCUUGAGAACAAAAAUGCUACCAAGACAUUUAGGCAGCAUAACCUCAAUCUGUGUAGUGGUUAGCAAUUACAGAAAUUUCAGCUAACUUCAAAGGAACAAUUCAAAGUACUGUAUUUUGUUACAGUAACUACAGCUAAGUAGUAAUAGGGAUAUUGGAUAUAUCACAUAGAAAUUGAACAUAUUUGAUCUUAAAGCUGUUAGAAGGCUCUCCAAAGUAGAAGGCAUUAUGUCUCUUUAUUCUCAAAUUGCUGUGUUUUCCACAGAGAUAAUUUUGAUCAGUUUUUAAACACUGCACUUCAUACUUUUUCACAUGAUGUAUUCUGUACAUUUAUUUGUUCAACACUGCCUCUCCACACCCAGACUUAACCCCACACUUACAUUUGUCACUAUAAAAUUCCUAGAUAGUUUUUGUUAAGGUUUAAGAAUUAAGUGCCCAGAUAAAAUGGAGACAUUGACCAAGAAGAAGGCCAAAGAAAACUGCAUUCUCUUGGAGAAAUCUGUUAGGGCUGAGCAAAAUCUUAAUGGAGGAAGGCAACAGCAGGUUACUUGUGUCCUAAAUCAGAUAUUAAAUGUGAAUUGUUACCAUUAUGAGUAAGACUGUUAUUUUUAGCAUCUGCAGCCGAAAUCCCAAAUGGUAAAUAAAGAGCAAUAUUUUGACCUCACAGAUACCUACUCUAAAGAGUAUCUAGGCAGCAGAUGCUUAGAAGCCAGAUGCCUGAUCUCACUAAGCAGGGUGAUACAGAUUGGUCUGUCUGUGCUUCAGAGUGAUUUUUGUGCAAAUCCUUCUUUAGGAAGGCCUGUCAUGCUUUGUGACCAGUGCAGCACAUGCAGUGAAGUGGAUGGCAUGUCUCAUUUGCACUCCUGAGUACUAGACUAAAAGAUCUUCCUCUAGAUGAGAUCAUGAAGCCAACAUGCUGUUUCCAGGCUGCUUUUACUGACAUCUGUAUAUGCUGCACUUAACUUUUUCCAGUCUCUCACUGUGGACUACUAGGAGAGUAAUAUUGCACUGGAGGUUAUUUUGCAUGCCAGUGUAUAUGUAUUUUUAUACAUUUGAUUUCAAUGAUGUUUUUAAUGGAAAUUAUUUUUAAUCCUAAUACCAUGGAUCAUACUUUAGUUUUUUUAAAUUAAUAUCAGUGCCUGCAACUAGAAGUCAAAAACUUCUACACCGUUUUUAAAAAAAAAAUUUGAUGUUCAGGCUGAAGUAUUAACAGGUAUGCAGUUUGAUAUCAAAGUCCACAGUCUACCUGCAAAUACCAGAUUUUUCCAUGUGAUUACAUGUCAGUCAAGAACCCUUAAAAUUUGUUCUUGCAGCAUUUUUUCUCAGCAACAUACUAUCUGUAUGACCCUGCUAUCUAUAAAAUACACAUCUCAAAAAAGCUUUGAAUAGCUUUUUACAAAAUCCUUAAUAGUAGGUCAUUACUUUUUUAUUGUGCUGCAACAUUUUUUAAAACCUGGCUUAAAAUUCUUGUGCUUAAAGUCAGCCUUAUUCUUUCUUCCUCUGCUUAUAGUUACUCUGUAUACUCCUGUAUGUGUUCUACGCUUGCAGAAUGCAUAUUCACAGUAUUUUUGAUAAAAAACACAGGAUUAAGAAAAAGGCACCAACAGUCAUAUUUCACAAAUUCAGUUCAUACGCCUGUCAUGAUGUGCCAGCAGUUUUUAUCUUUCCUGUCUUUGGUCAUUCCUUUGUUCCAUUGUUAACAGUAUGUAAGGUUUUCUAGGAGGAAUACACCUGGAAAAAUAUUAUGUAAUAGAAGUUACAGAAAGCUGUCUAAUGUUUCAGUCUUCCCAUUUAUGUGAGCAAAUAUUAAUGCAAAGAUGCUAUUAAAUAAUUCAGCCUAAAAUUUCUCAUAAGGUAGACAUGUUACAAAUUGCACAGGGAACAUCUUCCAAGUUGUAAAUACUUUCCUUUAAAUCUUCUACUUGUCUCUUUGUUGCUGGGAUUACAAAUUCAGUGUUAUUCUUCAUUUAAUGUUUGUUUGGGUUGGUUUGGGGUGUGGGUUUGUUUUUUGGUGUUUGUUUGUUUUGUCUUUAAGUGAAAAGCGCAUAAUACUUUCUACUCUAGAACAAAGACGUAAGACAAAAAGACUCCCUUCCCUUCAUUUCAGUAUUUGCCAAAUGGGAAAAACCUCUGAUGUUAUAUAUGUAAAUUUCAGCUUCAUCUUACUACUACAAUACUGUUAAAAUACGAUUUUUAUAGUUACAGCUUUACAAGUACGAAGACUAUCAUGCUUCACAGUGAGGAUAGUGUCAAGUGGUGUUUGCAUUACAUGGAUGUGGUGUUGCACUACCUACUGUUUAAAAACAAAUUGGCUCCUUUGCUUUUAAAGGUUCAUCAGUAUCUGUGAUCAAAAGAGCACAGCACAGGUUGAAAAAGCUCACUUUGGGGGUAUUUUUUACUUGUUUUGGGGGUUUUUUUAGUGAUGUGAAUAUAUGGGUACAACUACUACAGCUAAUAACAACCUCCAGUAAUAUUGCAUUCUUUUUGUACACUGUAAAGUGCCUAAUCAUGGGUGAUUGUGGUAGCCCUUGAAAUGGGGUUUGCUAUGAAAUUAUUUUUUCAUAGUUUUUGGCUUAUGUAAUGUCCAUAUGUGGUUUUGUGUUACUUCAUAUUGGAGACAAGAUUUUGAAGAAAUCUUUUCCAUUCCUCUUACUUAAAUGGUAAUCUAACAAUUAAAAGGUAAUCUAACAAUUUGCCCAUAUCUGACUGAUAAUUGAACACCCCUAAUUUAAAUUAACACCUCUCCCUCUGCCACCUCUGCAUUGUUUUCUUUAUGACUGAGUAAGAGUAUGUACAAGAUUUGGAGUGGAUUGACUUAAAAAGUUUUGCAGUGACACCUCGGUGUUUAUUAUGCCCCAGUUGCGUGGGCACCUCGGUGACUUCAGCCAGGUAAGUCAUUCUGCUUGGGUUCAGAAAGGUGGCACUGGAGGUUACUGAAUCCUUAUGGAUUUGGAGCACAAAGAGUACCAAAUGUGAUACAGCUGACUGACACCAAGCUUCAAAAAGUUACACCUUGUAGAAUUUUGUGGCAUUCUGUUAGGGUAUUCAACAGUGAAACCGCCAUUACUUUAAAACUGCUUGUCCACCUUCAGGAAUGCAGGAGCUGAAGGUAGAACCUGACUGGUUCAACAAGGAAGUUUUAAAAAGUAAGGAAACAACAGCCCCCUGCUUCUGAGUUAAUUAUACAUUCUGCAUGUGAAGUUCUUGUAAUUUGAGGUGGUCCUGCUGAUUUAAAUCUACCAAAGGAAGCCACCUUCUGAGGGAGGCUUGUCACAGCAUAUUGAGCUUUUAGCUCUAAAAAGAGGGUCUAGAAAUCUGUACUAUGUAUGGUACACUGUUUGGGAAAACCUGAUACAGUAAGCUUGCUAAAUAUUUCCUUACACUGUUUGUAAGAUGUUACAAUACAUUUUCUACUGUGGAGCAUUUAAGAAGGUAGUUUUGCCUUGCUCAUGCAGCAUUUUAUAAUAAUGUGAAAAUAAUAAGAAUUGGUUUGUCAUUUAAAUGCCUAAAUUUCUUUAUCAACAGUAAAUUUCACAAAAUUGAACCAAGGUUAUACUUUCUUAUUCCCUAUUCAUUUUGUUGAAAUGUUACAGUUUAACUCUGCUUUUAUAAUGCACACGUUAUUAAAAUGAAAUUUAUGUCUAUUAGUUGCUCAUGGUCAUACCACAGCAAAUCUAAGAGAAACUGUGAUACCUGCUGUUUAUCAAGUGGCCCCAUCAACUUGCUUGCCUUUGUAAAGUGUUAACCCAAGUUGGACAUAAAAUGUCUACUGCAGUGAUGUUCCUAUAGUGUUUUAGCAUCCGUACAUGUACUCUGCAUGCUUUGCACUUGUGCACUGUAAAGGAUAGACUGUUUUACAGUAAUUUAGGUUUAAACCUAUUAUUUUACAUACUAUUUCCCAUAUCCAAAAUAGGACAGUUUCUAAAG